CUUAGUUCGAGUCUAUGUUUGAGAAGUAAUGGCUUCUAAGUUUCUCCUUGUGAUUUUCCUAGCGCUUCUCUCUUCAUAUCAGUCUAGAGUCGAUGCCCAAGACAGUUAUGUUAAAUCUGCUUGCGAAUUAGCUGCCAAUAGGACAUACUGUGAGCGGAGCCUGUAUCAAAGUCGAGUAUCAUCUCGAGAUGGGCCUAAAAAUCUGAGUGAAAUUAUUAUGAAAAACAGCUUACGUCAAGCUAAAGUUGUUCGAGGCUCUAUUUCUGGUAGGUCAUCGAGUGGCGGGUCAAGGCAGAACCAAGCUGUAGAGGAUUGCAGUUUUCUCUACGAUCUCACCGUCGAUUAUUUGACGGCGAGUCUGUCAAAGCUGGCAAACUCCACAACUUCGACUGUGGGAUGGAAGAGCGCCGUGGAUAUUCAGAGUUUUCUGAGUGCAGCCCUCACCAAUCAGGCCACCUGUCUGGAAGGACUGAAAGAGGCCAAUGUAAAGUCCCACCAGUUUUCCUUCACCAAUGACAUAUCUAACGCUUCAGAUUCUGUAAGCAGUAGUUUGGCUUUGAUGAAGAAAUUUUUUAUUGCGGGGAAGGCUCCCGGGAAGAGUUCCCACAGUGCUCAGAACCGACGUCUGUUAUCUGACGAUGAUUUUCUGUCUCAAUAUGGAUCGCUUGAUCAUGGAGUUCCGUCAUGGUUGUCUCGGGCGGACAGAAGGCGGCUUCUGCAAAGCUCAGAUGGUGACGGCGUCUUAGUGGGUGACUUCGUAACGGUGGCGCAGGAUGAUAGCGGGAAUUUCACCACCAUUACUGAUGCAGUCAACUCUGCUCCCAACAAAAGCGCAGACAGAUACGUGAUCUAUGUUACCGCAGGUGUAUACAACGAAAAUGUGGACAUUCCCAAGAACAAAUAUAAUAUUAUGCUCAUUGGAGAUGGAAUAGAUGUGACUGUAAUUACUGGGAAUAGAAGCGUCGUGGAUGGAUGGACUACGUUUAACUCUGCAACAGUUUCUGCAGUUGGACAAGGUUUUCUUGCACGCGAUAUCACCAUCGAAAACACAGCAGGAGCAGUGAAGCACCAGGCCGUGGCUCUACGUGUGGGGUCUGAUCUAUCAGCCUUUUACCGCUGCAGUUUCAAGGGCUACCAAGACACUCUCUACACUCACUCCCUCCGUCAAUUCUACCGAGAAUGCGACAUCUACGGCACUGUGGAUUUCAUCUUUGGCAACGCCGCAGUAGUUUUUCAGGACUGCACUCUUCUUGCACGGAAACCCAUGGACAACCAGCAGAAUCUUUAUACUGCUCAAGGUAGAACAGACCCAAAUCAAAAUACUGGAAUAUCUAUUCACAAUUGUAAUGUAACUGCUGCGCCUGAACUUGUUCCUGUUAUCAGCUCUUUCCCCACAUACCUGGGUAGGCCAUGGAAACAGUACUCUCGUACUGUUUACAUGCAGUCUUAUCUAGAUAGUUAUAUCCAGCCAGCUGGGUGGUUAGCGUGGUCUGGAGACUUUGCCUUGAGCACGUUAUAUUACGGUGAAUAUGGUAACAGCGGACCCGGGGCAGAUACUUCACAGAGAGUCUCGUGGUCUGGUUAUCAUGUGAUGAACAGCAUUGAUGCUCAAAAUUUCACUGUGAGUUCAUUUAUUGCAGGGGACGCAUGGUUAUCAUUAGCUGCUGUACCCUUCGAUGCAGGCUUGCUUUAAAGGCAAACUACAACAGCUAUUUCACUUCUUGCAACACCACAGCUCUAAAAUUUAUUCUUUUAAAGACUAAACAUACAGUAAUAUAUCUGGCAACAAGAACUCCCAUCUCUUCCCAUAGAGUAUUUAGCUCUAGUGCGAAUAUCUCGUUGGAAAUCAAGAACAUUUUGGAAAAUUAAACUCUUAUUGUGAAAAUAAGAUCAUAUUCUUUAAUGUCU